CCUCCGGGAAGACCGCCGGCUGCGCUCUGCCUGGAGUCCCGUAGAGACACCUGUAGCCGGGAGUAGGGCUCAGCAGGGACCGCGGGGAGCGGCGUCGGUGCCUGGGCUCGCCUUUUCCUGACUCUCAGGUUGGCCUUGUCCCCCUCGUCCUGCCCCUAACUGUGCUUGGGAAGCGAGGGAGGGGAGCUCCGGAGCAAGAGAGUGGAGUGGGAGGGACCGAAAGGCCUGAUUGAAGGAACGCCCCUUCGGAAGGCACGCACUGGCUCCUCGCUCCGCCUCUUCUGCAGAUUCGGCCCACCCUCCAUCUGCAUGCCUUCUGCGCAGGUGCAAGUUCCAGUCCCCGCCCUCCCCGCGCUUCCGGUGACUCGGCGUGUCCUGGCGGCGGCUAGAUGCGCGCGCGCCGAGGAACUGGGCUGAGUGCGCGCCUGGGCAGAGGGGCCCCAAAACCGGUGUCCGUGACCCUGGCCCCUGACACCGACCGGCCUCCGUUUCCUGGACGAGCCCGCCGCCCAGGGAAUGCCAGAGCAGGAUCCCGAGUGACCGGAUAUCGUGAGGCCGGCCAGAUGCCAGUGCCGCUUUCCCGAAAGAUCAGACAGAAGAAGCAGCGACUAGCAGAAUCAGAGCAGCAGCAGACCCCUAAAGAGAGCCCACCUUUGAGUGUGGGCCUCCAACGGAGCGCCUACUUCUCCAGCCCAGAGGACCACCCUGCCCGGCUAGGACCAGAGUUUUUUGACCAGCCAGCAGUCACCCUGGCCCGUGCAUUUCUGGGACAGGUCCUUGUCCGGAGACUCGCUGAUGGAACAGAACUUCGUGGGCGCAUUGUGGAGACAGAAGCAUACUUGGGGCCAGAAGAUGAAGCUGCUCACUCGAGGGGUGGCCGGCAGACCGCUCGUAAUCGUGGCAUGUUCAUGAAACCUGGGACCCUGUAUGUGUACAUCAUCUAUGGCAUGUACUUCUGCUUGAAUGUCUCCAGCCAAGGGGCUGGGGCUUGUGUCCUGCUAAGAGCACUAGAGCCCCUGGAGGGCCUGGAGACCAUGCGGCAGCUUCGUAACACCCUCCGGAAAAGCACUGUCGGCCGUUCCCUCAAGGACCGUGAGCUCUGUAGUGGUCCCUCCAAGCUGUGCCAGGCCCUAGCCAUUGAUAAGACCUUUGACCAGCGAGACCUGGCCCAAGAUGAGGCCGUGUGGCUGGAGCAUGGCCCUCUUGAGCCCAGCAGCACCACUGUGGUGGCAGCAGCCCGCAUAGGCAUCGGUUAUGCAGGGGAAUGGACCCAGAAACCCCUGCGCUUCUAUGUCCAGGGCAGCCCAUGGGUCAGUGUGGUAGACAGAGUGGCUGAACAGAUGUUAUCAGCUCAACAAACAGCCUGCCCUGAUGGGCUUAAUUGUUUAAACAUAGAAUAAAUAUUCUUUUUGUAGGGAACUGUCCAGUUUCGGCCAGAAUUUGUGUGCAUGUAGUUCUUUAUCCAGGUCAGAAAACCUAGAUAGCCACUAUGUUUGGAAUCGUAGAGGGAGAGCCAUCAAUGUGCAGGCAUAUACAUCUAGGAGCAGGACUGAGUUAAACAAGUAUUUUGGACACUCUCCAGCGUAGCUCCAUAAGGGGCAGGUUGGGAAAGGGAUCAGAAAGACACAACCUAUGUGUUUAUAAAGCGCUUGGACUUUAAAGAUACAUCCUAGAAGACAUUCUCCAGUUCAGCAAUAUUAAGAUGCUAUAAAGACCAGACUGAAGAAUAAGACAGGUGGGGCUGGAGAGGCAGCAAUGGUUAAAGUCUUUCUGCUGUUCUAGAGGUCUGUUCCCAGCAGCACACCCAGGGCCUCGCAACCUCUGUAACUCCUGCUCCUGGGCAUGCUUUCUUCUGACCUCUGAGGGUACACAUACACAUAAAACCAUAAAUGAAAAUAAAUAAACAUAUAUUUUUAAAGUAA